AGAGAGGGAGAGAGAGAGAGAUUGGGAUCGAGGGAGGGAAGGAAGGAGUGAGAGAAGCUAAACAGGUGGUCUGAAAGCACAGAGAAAACAAUGUCGUCCGGCGGGGAGAAGCGGAAAGACCUUUAGUCCUCGCUUCUGUAAAGGAAUACCGAGGCAGCCGCGGAGCAGAGCAAACAAAAACCCAUGCUCCUCUUUUAUUUCCACACGGAUUUCUCCUCCUCCUGCUCUCCUCGGUUUGACUCCGAAUCUGGGCAAGAUCUCGGAUACUAAACCAUGAAAGUCACGGUGUGUUUUGGCAGGACCCGGGUGGUGGUGCCGUGCGGGGAUGGAAAUAUUAAAGUGCACACACUCAUCCAGCAAGCUGUCAUGAGAUACAAGAAGGCUAUCGCCAAGGAUGCUAGUUACUGGCUGCAGGUCCACCGGUUGGAACACGGUGAUGGCGGCAUCCUCGACCUGGAUGAUGUGCUCUGCGAUGUGGCCGAUGACAAAGACAGGUUGAUAGCCGUGUAUGACGAACAGGAGCCCCAUCAUGGAGGUGAUGGUACCAGCGCCAGCUCCACAGGGACCCAGAGCCCCGACCUCUUUGCUGCAGACCUCAGCGCCGGCAGUGGAGCCUCAGCCUUUCAACCCUACCAGGCUGCCAGCGAGAUCGAGGUUACACCCUCCGCCUUGCGCACCAAUAUGCCCCUCCAUGUCCGGCGCAGCAGUGACCCGGCCCUGCUGACCAUUAAUGGGCCAUUUAGCGGUGGCGGCGAGUCACGGGUCCAAACGGAAGAGCCGCCAUCAAGGAAGAACCCAACCCGCUGGUCCACCACCGCUGGUUUCUUGAAAGCACACCACUCAUCUGGCACCAACAGCCUAGAGAGAAAGGGUAAAGGUAUGGACACAUAUCGCAGUCUGCCGCGGGAUGCAGGGACAUGGGCCAAUCAGAGAGAAUUUCAGAGAGAGACGGCCCGGUCGUCACUCAGUGCCAAUCACCCCAUGGUGGACCGCUGGUUGGAGAGACAAGAACAGGAGGAAGAGACCAGAGAAGAAGAAAACGGGAGGAUCGAGCCGGUCGGACGAGCUGACUCCUGCAUGGACCACACCCCUGUGAGGUCACUGGAAGACAUAGUCAAACUGGUGGAGGUGUCAAACGACGGUGGGCCCCUGGGAAUCCACGUGGUGCCUUUCAGUGGCAGGGACCGCAGGACUCUUGGCUUGUUGGUCAAGCGUCUGGAGCGGGGAGGGAAGGCCGAGCAGCAAGGCCUCUUCCAGGAGAACGACUGUAUCGUCCGUAUCAAUAACGGAGACCUGCGAAACAUCCGCUUUGAACAAGCCCAGAACAUGUUCCGUCAGGCCAUGCGCUCUCCAGUCAUCAUGUUUCACGUGGUGCCGUCAUCCAUGAAGGCGCACUACGAGCAGCUGUCCCACGCUGAGAGGAACCCUGCGUACGCCUCGGGCCGUUUUAGCCCCGACUCCCUGACCGGCAGCACCGUCUCCGGCAUGGACCACACCCCGCAGAGGAUGUCCCGACACGGUUCCCAAACGCAUCCACACUCCCACCCGCACCCUCAUUCCCACGCUCACCAAGACCUGACCGAUGGUUACCCCCCUCUUACUCACCCGGCGGUCUCUGCAGCCAAGCCUCCAACAGGUCACACCCACUCACCUCAGAGGGGGAUGAACUCCACCCCGACAGGAGGAUAUACCAAAAAAGUCGGGCGGAGGCUUAACAUCCAGCUAAAGAAAGGUCCAGAGGGACUCGGCUUCAGUAUUACGUCGCGGGACGUUCCCAUCGGGGGCUCAGCACCCAUCUACGUAAAGAACAUACUGCCUCGGGGAGCUGCCAUCCAAGAUGGCCGCCUCAAGGCAGGAGACAGGUUGCUGGAGGUGAACGGAGUGGACCUGAAUGGGAGGACCCAGGAGGAGGUGGUGUCUUUGCUCAGAGCCACACCCAUGGGUGGUGCCGUAGGGCUGCUGGUCCUACGCCAGGAAGAGGCUUUUCUCCCUCGAGAAGUGAAUGCCGAGCCCCAGAUGCAAAGCCCCAGAGAUGCGCAUCCAAGGCAGCCUGUGAUAGCCGGGAAACCCCAUUGGCUGAUUGAGAAGACGGAGGAGGAUGAGCUGGUCCUGACUCCAGAUGGGACCCGGGAGUUCCUGACCUUUGAGAUCCCCCUCAGUGAUUCAGGUUCAGCAGGUUUGGGUGUCAGCGUCAAAGGCAACCGCUCCAAGGAGAACCACGCUGACCUCGGAAUCUUUGUCAAAUCCAUCAUCAAUGGAGGAGCAGCCUGCAAGGACGGGCGGCUUCGGGUGAACGACCAGUUGAUUGCCGUCAAUGGGGAGUCGCUACUGGGCAAAACCAACCAAGAUGCCAUGGAGACGCUCCGCAAGUCCAUGUCUACGGAAGGAAACAAACGUGGGAUGAUCCAGCUCAUUGUGGCCAGACGAGUGGCCAAAAGAAAUGAGGAGACACCAGGGAGCCCACUGGGACCCCAGCAGGCCAUGAACACCUCUCUGGACGACCACGAGCGCCGAAUCUCCCACUCCUUGUAUGGUGGCCUAGAGGGUCUUGAUGACAACUUGAUGCCACGACAAGGCAUGAUGCCACGCACAAUAGGUAACUAUCAGCUCUCACCAACCGUCAACAUGCCGCAGAACGACACUGUGAUCAUAGAGGAUGACCGGCCGCCGCUCCUCCCACCCCACCUCUCUGACCAGUCUUCGUCUAGCUCCCAUGACGACGUGGGCUUCACCGCUGACAUCACGCCUCCAUGGGCCAAAGAGCUGCCCAGUCAAAACGACAGCUCCCUGGUUCAAGAUGAAAAUCAUCCAGACGGUGCUUUCCAGAGGGAAGGUUUCGGACGGCAGAGCAUGUCAGAGAAACGCACCAAACAGUUCGGAGACGCUGCUCAGCUUGAGAUCAUCAAAACACGCAAGUCUAAGAGCAUGGAUCUAGUAGCUGACGAGAUUAACCUCACCCCUCGUCCCGAGAUCAACACAGGUUCCUCCACAAAGGAUGUGGGACCAUCACUAGGCUUAAAGAAGUCCAGCUCUCUUGAGAGCCUCCAGACAGCCGUUGCCGAGGUAACCCUUAAUGGGGACCUCCCCUUCCACAGGCCUCGCCCCCGUAUCAUUAGGGGGCGUGGCUGCAACGAGAGCUUCCGGGCAGCCAUCGACAAGUCCUACGACCGUCCGGCUGCCACAGAGGAGGAUGAUGAGGGCAUGGAGACAUUGGAGGAGGACACAGAGGAGAGUUCACGAUCAGGGAGAGACUCUGUGUCCACGGUGGCCGACCAGACCCCACUGUCGGGCACAGAGAAACCCCUGGUCAACGGCACCAACCGAACCAAAGAGGAGAAGAAGAAGGACAAAGACAAGGGAGGGAAGGAGCAGAAGAAGAAGCAGGAGGGAGGGAAGGAGAAAGACAAGGGAAAAGCCAAGAAGGGAAUGCUCAAAGGACUCGGGGACAUGUUCAGGUUUGGGAAGCAUCGAAAAGACGAGCGGCCGGGGGAAAAGAUGGAUCGUAAAGGCUCCAGCAAGUGGAGACCUGAGGAGACGCAGGUUUCUGAGGAGGAGACGAUGAAGAUGAGGAUGGAGCAGGAGAGGAUUCAGGCUAAGACCAGGGAGCUGAGGGAGCGCCAGGCCAGGGAACGAGACUACGCCGAGAUUCUGGACAUAAACCGCACUCCAGAGAGGUCCUCUGAGGAGGAGCACCCGUACGCCGGAAUCAACCCCCUGAACAGCUCUGUGGACAGUGGUCACAGCCGACCCCACAGCCCCCGAGACGAUUACCCCCACAUCCAUCCACACCACCAGCACCAGCACUCUGAUUCCCUCUACACCCAAGUCAGCAAGGCCCGCAGUGACCGGCCUCCAUCUGCAGACAGCAACCGGCUAGCUCCUAGCAACCACGACCGGAUACAGAGGCUGAGGCAGGAGUUCCAGCAGGCCCAGAACGUCCCAGACGACCCUGACGACCGCAGGAGAACCUACAGCUUCGAGCAGCCCUGGUCGAACGCCAGCAGUAACGGUCCGGGCGGGUACAGUCAGCCGGGUCGCCACUCGGUGUCGGUCGAGGUCCAGAUGCAGAGGCAGAGACAGGAGGAGAGAGACUCGUUCGCCCAGGCACAACGACAGUACAGCUCCCUACCAAGGCAACCCAGGAAGAACCCCAGCUCCAUUUCCCAAGACUCGUGGGAAAAGGCGUACACACCUGGAGAGGGCUUCCAGACAGCCAAGGACAACCCCAGGUACUCCAGCUACCAGGGUUCCAGGAACGGCUACCCAGGCGGCGGUGGUGUCAAUGCCAGAGUCCUUCUGGAGGCCCAGGAGCUCCUGAGGCAGGAGCAAAGGCGCCGAGAGCAGGAAGCCAAAGGGAAAUUAAUGCAGGAGGGCACCGGUAACAGCAGCUAUGAGGGGUACUCAACAGCUCACCUGAAGGACCCGGCAUCCCCAAAGGGUCCGUACCGCCAAGAUGUGCCACCUUCACCUUCGCAGUUAGCAAGGCUUAAUAGAUUGGGGUCAGAGAAAGGAAGACUUUUUUAUUCUUGAGGAGUGUUGUCAGACUGGUGGAGCUGAACAGAGAACUUUUGGCUCAGGAGCUAAGGGGGAUUACCUUGAAGAAGCAGCAAAAGUGGACGCUACAAAUGACGAAGGAGAACCUAGAGGUCUUAUAGCUUAGCGAUCAUCUUAGAGGUAAACAGCUGUGAAGUGUACUCAGUAUGUGGGCGUUUGUCUUCAAUCCCUCACUGUGUUGAUGACCUAUACCAGUAGUCACUCAGUCCCUCACCUUACUACAGACAUGAGACGCUCAGUGCCUUCUCUGCAUUCAUGAGCACGAUGCUUGUUCACAGUCGUCCAGGACUCUGAUUCAUCGAGAUCUGGCGCGUCAUGUACUGACAAUCAAAUGGGCAGACAGGCGAGUGAGUGGGCGUCGUUUUGAGCCCAUGGGGAGGCGUACGUUCCUGUGUGGGUUUCUGUGUGGGCAUGUGACGAGGUACACAGUGUUUCGUGGCUUCAGUGUGUGUCCUGUGGAUGACUCUGCCCACUGGUCACAAAUCACCCUCUCUUCACUUCACUGACGUUAACGUUCGGCUCGUACCAACGCUGCUGGUUUUUCUCUGCGUUCUGUUUUCUCUGCUUCCAGUGUUUUCUCCACGGCGAUCGGGGCUCUUUCACAUGAGUACUCCUGGGGGAGCAGAGAAAACAAGGCAAAGUGUAUGAAAGAAGCAGGGCACAGUGUGCGUGUUAUUAAUAAAAAAGCCCCCCUCAUAAAUGAUUCAUAUUGUGUGUUAUCUCCGUGAGGGAGACCCUAGCAGAGAGGGUAGACAGCUCUGAUCCUCUGCCUGCCCCCCCUUCACUGCUCUGGGGUUGACUUGCUGGCCUGCCUGCCUGUCUGUCUGGAGCUCUGGCUCCCGUCCUCCUCUCAUUGUUCCCGUUGCCUCUCUGUUCAUUAUGCUCCUUUCUUCUACCUUUCUGCUCUCCCCUCCUCACGUAUCUCCCACCUUCCUCUCAUCUCACCCCUCCCGUUCCCCUUACUCUUCCUCCUGCUACCCAGUACCACCCUCCUCCUCCUCCUCCUCCUCGUCUCCCGAGUCAGGCUCUGCACUGAAUUUUUCAUCACAAGCCACCUGCUGCCUGCUAGAGCCAAAGAACGCUGCCACCAGAGGCACCGACAGAGGGCCCGGCUUCUGACAUAAAGAGAGGAAUAAAGGCAUAAAAAAGAGCCAGCAUAAAGAUGGAUAGGGAGACAAUAACCUUCCCAGUGUGAGAUUAGCUGGAGCUUUUCUCCUGUUUUUAACAAAAGACAAAAUUGUCCUCAGGAGUUAAUUGCUUUCAAUUGCUGUAAUUGCUUUCUCUAUUUUUUAGCUUUUUAAGUAUUUAGCCGACACUCUUCUCCAGAGCAGUUUGAAAAGAGGGAACAGGUAGGGGUGCUAUCUUGCUUUAGAAAAACACAGCAGUCAAUGGAUGACCUGAGUGCUGCUGGUUUUUAAAGGGUACGUUGAAUGAAAUCACAAAAAAGCAUAAUUUCUGCCUUACCUCUGGUGGAGAAUGCAGAUAGUUGAUAGUUUGAGAUGUCCAUCCUAAUACAGUGGAGGUGAGUGGACUUUUGUUUGCUGUGCACUGAAAACACAUACAAAAAUGUUUCUUUCAAUGGAUUGUUUCCAGAGACAUGGACUGAAAACUGUCAGUUAGCAGGCUUGUUAGCUUAGUCGCUAACACAACAAUAAGUUCACAGUUUAUUCAAGCCAUUGACUCCUGUCUCAUACAGGGAUGUGUAAAAACAGGUGGUACAUUAAAGCUAAUAAAAUAUGAUAACUUAGUUGAGCUGUAAUGGGGUGGAGACAGAAAUCUCAAAACUUGAAUAAAUUAAACCAAAACUAUCUGCAUGACUAGACGCCUCUGGUGGUAAAAUGUUUUUUGUUACCAACCCUUUAAACCAGUGACGUUAUAAUAAUGAAUCAUGCAAACCCAAUGGUGUGUGUCAUUAUAACCUGGGAGUAUUUUCAUUUUCAUUCCAGUCAAACUCUACAGCUGCUGAUUGGCAUUUUUUUCACCCAGAGAGGAAGAACUAAUCAGUGAAACCAGCAGCUGUGGUUGUAGGUCGGUAAGAAGACCUUGGGCGUUGAUCACACAUGGUUAAAAAUCACUGCCACAGCCCACCAGCUCACCUCUGUAAUUGUUGCAGUAGGUGGCAACCGAUCCUCUUAAUCUGAGCCCACACUUCUCUGACAUCACUAGGACUGAGUCUGUCUGUGAGAGAACAAAUGAGACCGAGCUGAGGUCGAACUUUAGACAAAAGGGAAAUACAGAAAAAUAAAUAAAUGGCCACGAUCAAGCUGUGGAAAACAAACAGGCGGUGCGUAAUUGCCCUUCACUCCUACACUCUCUCCAUAUGCAGAGUGAAGCAGCAUGACAUGCAUUAUCUCCUGUUGGUAAAUGAAGAUCCUUGCUGGGAAAGAUACAGGCUUCAUCAGGGUAAUAAAUGAUGAACUGAAAUGUACGACGAUGAAGAAGAAAAGGCCUUUUUCGAUGGCAUUAUUUCAGUGUAUAAACGUGUAUUGUAACCUGAGGAAAGUUCACCAUACUACUCUGCUUUAAGCUAAUUAAAAAUUCCCUUCUGCAUUAUGUAUGUACAUGGGUGUAACAACACAAACACACUGAGCCCCCCUGCCUGUGUGUGUGUGUUUUUAUAUCCACGCCACAAUGGGCUGGUGAAAACUGUUACCAAAUAAGAUACAAACUGUGCAGGUGAGAGAGCGAAAGAAUCUCCACUCUGAAUGGUUUUUAGUUAAAACGUGUUUGGUUGAGCGGCCAGCACUUCCUGCUGUGAACACUAGUGCGUCUCGAGAUGCAGACUAGCACAUUUAGAAGGAUGUAUAUGACCCCUGCUCAAAAUGUCGUGGAUUUUAGCUGUCCAGCUCUGGGGUCUAAAAGCGAUAAGUGCCUGAGAUAAUAUCAUAAUAUUUUACACAAAGAGGGACACGAUGUGAUUUGUUUGUCAGUGACACUACAGCACACAAACUACAGUGUGUUUUUUAACUUUUGUAAUAUCAUAUAAAAAUGUGUCAUUUUUUGGGGGGGUACUCCUUCCUGAACUUUUUUUUUUUUAAUUUUAUUCACGAGAGCCAACACUUACGAGCGGUUAUCAGUGUAUUUGUAUCCUGUUUGACAUUGCCUUCAACCAUGCUGUACCAUGAUGUGUUUUAAAGUAUCAAAAAAAGAAAAGAAAUGGAAGCUGAUGGAAACUGAUGUGCAAUUGUUUUGUUUUUUUUCCAGAAAACUUUUACAUGAUAUGUUAAGAAAUGUAUACAGCCACUUUUCCUGUACAUAUCAAAUUUAGAAUAAAACGGAAGGCUGUUCCAUCCUGUUUACAACCUGC